AUGACCAGGGGAUGGGCAGCUAAUGAAGUAGCAAGGAUGAAUAAGGAAAAAGUAGAGUUAGCUUUAGAGUAUAAUGAUUUAGAGAGGGAGAUGGAUAGAAGGAUCUUGUCAGACCAAGAGUUGUGUAGAUUUAGACAAGUACCUAAAGAUUUGGAUAGAAUCUGGGCUUUAGAAGAGAUAAAAGCUAGACAGAGAUCAAGGGACAGAGACAUUUUAGAAGAAGAAAGAAAUACGGCUUAUUUCCAUGCUGUGGCAAAUCAGAGAAGUAGAAAGAAAAAAGUUGAAGUGCUAGAGGAAUCCAAUGGUCUGGUAGAAGACCAAAAGGGUAUGAUGGAGAUAGCUAUUGACUUCUAUAGGAAUCUUUUUGCUAAGGAAGAUAGGAUAAACGUUAAGCUGGCUGAUGAUUUCUGUAAGCCAGAGGAGUUAGUGACUAGUGAGGAGAACGACCUUUUAACAAAACCUUUUUCUGAGGAGGAAAUUAAGAGUGUAGUUUUUAGUUGUUAUGCUGAAGGGGCACCAGGGCCAGAUGGUGUUUCCCUUUUGUUUUACCAAAGAUUUUGGGAUCUGAUAAAAAAUGACAUGUUAGCCAUGUUCAAUGACUUUCACCAAGGAAGAUUAGAUCUGCACCGUCUUAAUUUUGCUAUGAUAACAUUGAUUCCAAAAGAAGAAGGGGCUAGGUGA